GCUACUGCGCAGUCUGUGCUCCCAAUAUUAUUCCGCCACACAAUAUAGUUAUCCCUUUUAUCUGCUUAGAAAUGCACCACGUUUUAUUUUGUCUGACCAUACUUGGUCGUGUGACUACUCGUGUAACUGUAUUUUAAUAGGGAAAACAUGGAGGUGUUUGGUCACUUCUAACUUCAUCUCUGUUUGGAUCCUAAUGCAUUGGGCUAAGUGCUAUCAAAGUUGCGCCGCGCGCCAGAGCCAGUGAGUGCACGCAUUGAAACGUGAGAGUGCGUGUAUGCAUUCAGUAUGAAUUGAGUCAGCCUCUCUGCGGCCUGGAGUCAUCUUCUACCAGUCACUAAAGAGGAGCACAACGAGAUCAGCUACGGAUGUUCCCUCACUAAAACAGUACUCAGCCAACAUCAAGUCACUUCACUUCGCCAAGGCAACUGGAGGUGGAGGAUAAGCAGGCGAUUCCCACGCCUGGCCGUGAUCCAGCGCUGAAAAGCUAUUUUUGGAGUCAACCCUGGGAAAACAACAAUGUCUGAAUAAGGAAGACAGUUUCAUAAACAGGGAUAUUCAUGAACACUCUGCAGUAAGCUGUGCCAUUUCAUCAUAGGAUAUUGAGUUUUAACCAACCCAUCAUCAUGAAUCUGAAUUUCCGAGUCUUUAUACUUAUCCAGGUUAUUAAGAUGCACUGUCCUAUGAAGAUACUGGCGAGGAUGUCAGACCCUGAACACAACGUGACCAUAUCAAAGAUGUCUUUGACCCGCAAGCAGAUCUUGGCAGCACAGUAUGAAUGCUUCCUUAAGCUCCUUCAUGACCCCCCACAUUUGGAUAGUGAUGCAUAUUGCAACCGCACAUGGGAUGGUUGGAUGUGCUGGGCAGACACUACAGCAGGAACUGCAACACAGUACUGCCCUUCAUACUUCCAAGACUUCGAUCCCCACGAAAAGGUUACCAAAGUUUGCAAUCCAGAUGGGCAAUGGUUUCGCCACCCGGAAAGCAACCGAAUCUGGUCAAACUACACUUUAUGCUCCGCUUUCACUGGAUACAAGCUAAAGGUUGCAUUAAUACAGUACUACCUGGCUAUUGUGGGACAGAGCCUCUCUUUACUGUUCCUUCUCAUCUCUUUCUGCAUCUUUUCCGGCAUCAAGAGCCUAAGCUGCCAAAGGAUUACACUCCAUAAGAACAUGUUUCUGUCCUUCAUUUUCAAUUCCAUCAUCACCAUCAUCUGGCUCUCUGGUGUAGUUGAAAAACACUACAUAGCUAGCAGUCAUGUUGGAUGUAAGAUCUUGUCGAUUUUGAUCUUCUAUUCAGUCAGCACCAAUUUCUUCUGGAUGCUCUGUGAAGGGAUCUACCUACACACACUUAUUAUUGUUGCAGUGUUUGUAGGGGAGCAACAACUUGGAUGGUAUUACAUCCUUGGUUGGGCCUUUCCUGUCAUUCCUGUUAUGACAUACACCGUAGCUCGUUGGCUCUUCUACAACAAUGGGUGCUGGCUGCAGGCAGACUCCAAUUUCAUCUACAUCAUCCAUGGCCCGCUUCAUGUGGCUCUAGUGGUGAAUCUGUUUUUCCUACUCAACAUUCUCCGGGUGCUGAUCACCAAGCUUAAAGUGACCCAUAGUGCAGAGUCGAACACCUACAUGAUGGCAGUACGUGCUACACUAAUCCUUGUGCCCUUAUUGGGUGCCCAGUUUAUUGUGAUGCCAUCACAGCCAAACGAACGGACAGCAAAAGCCGUCUAUGAGUUCAUCAUGAACAUCUUCAUGCACUUCCAGGGGUUCCUGGUUGCACUUUUAUUCUGCUUCUGCAAUACUGAGGUUCAGGGUGCCCUCAAAAGGCAGUGGUGGCUUUAUAAAGCCCAGUGGAGGGGCCAGUAUUUGACCACAGAUUCUCACAGCUUUCACAUUGGUGCCUCCAUCACUGAAACAAGCCGUGCCACUAUCAGUCUCAACUGCCUAGAUGUAGAAGACAAGAUUGCUUUGAAGCACCAAAACAAUGGGGACAGCAAAGGAAUCUGUUCCUACAAUACUGACCAUAAUUCUCCUAAAAUCCUAGAGACAACAGAGGUCUGAGCCUGAACCUCUUCUACUUACUUCAUGUCAUAGUGGUCAUUCUAUGCUCAUAUACUCAGUGUUUAUACUGUAUAAUACUAUACACAGAUUUGUAUGGGGUGUCCUUUUGCACAAUGCUAAAAUAAAUUUAGCAAUGGGAAAGAUGAGCAUAUAGAGUUAUUUUAUUUUAAAAUUGUACAUUGUUUUAGCAUCACUCUUAAAACAAAUUAACUCUGUUGAAAAAUCCUCUUCAAGAAAAAAAAAUGUUUGUCAACAAAACCACUUGUCACAAUUGUUACUGUACUGUAUCUCUGCUUUUAUCAUUUUGUACAACCACCUUUGCCAAUAAAUCAUCCUUUUACUCAUCAUUGCCAGGACACAUAAGUGUGAAGACCAACGUACAGUAUAAUCCUAUGGGAUUGUUGACAUUGUUGAUGGUAUAAUGAAGUAGUACAGUGCCUAUAAAAAGUAUUCAACAUACUGUAAUGAUUUCCACCAAAUCAUUGACUAUUAUUUGUCCAGUCCAAUGAUCUGUAUUGACAAGGAUAUCAGACAGUAUAGGAUCAGAAAGAUACGUUCUACAUAUAGGUAGAAAGUAUCAAUUUAAUCUAAAUGAGCUAUAGUAAACUGCUAUUUAUAAGACUUUUGAUGAGUGACUGAACAGUAGAGUGUUGGUACGUUAUAUAUCCAUGUAUGUUCAUAUACUGUCUGUAAACUACAGAUAAGUGAAUUCAUUUCACCAUGACUCUUCAUAUCCAUUUACUGUGUAUUAAGCAUUUGCACUAUUGUUAUAUACACUUCACUGGCAUGUCAUUUAUUCUUUAGUUACUUUGCUUCAUUUUCAUUUCUACAAUAAAACAUACAAAGCUUU